UACGCCCAAAGGCUAACCCACAUGGCCCGGCGUUGGCUGCAACCAGAGACCCGGUCCGCCGGGGGCGUGGUGGAGCAGGUUAUACUGGAACAGUUCCUGGAAGGGUUGCCGGAGGGAACGGCCAAUUGGGUGCGCUGCCAUCGCCCGACCAACCUAGAGGGGGCGGUUACCCUGGCGGAGGACCACUUAGUGCUAUACCCCAGCGCCCAGCAGCAAGCACGGCCGGAACCGGCGCCUAGGAGGAGACCCCCUCCUCGUGCUGGCCCCUUCCCUGUCCCCCGGGCUCUGCCCCCUCCCUUGCCUCAAACUAAUCCCCCCUUUUUUCCGAUUCCCUCUCCAGGUCCAGGCUCAGUGGCGGGGGGCUCCGGCUCGCAGAGGGCGCCUCAGACGCUCGGACCGGGGUGUUGGCGGUGCGGACAGCUGGGUCACCUGCGCCGCGAUUGUCCACUUAUGGAAGUGGGGCAGGUGGUCCGGGUGGUCGGGCCGCCCACUUCCGCUCCCGAUCAGGAGGGAGCGUACUGCAUCCCGGACGCACGAACCUCAUACACCACCAUAUCGACACCCCCCCGGGAGUAACGGUACGUUCCCGCCCCUAUAGACUGCCGGAGCACAAAAAGAAAUUGGUGCAGGCAGAAAUAAAGGCCAUGCUGGAGUUGGGUGUAAUAGAGGAGUCCCACAGUGCCUGGAAUAGCCCCAUCGUGCUGGUAAGUAAGCCGGAUGGCUCUAUUCGGUUCUGUGUGGAUUAUAGGAAAGUGAAUGCUGUGUCACAUUUUGAUGCCUAUCCUAUGCCUAGGGUCGACGAACUCCUGGAUCGGCUGGGCACGGCUCGUUUUUUCUCGACACUGGAUCUGACUAAGGGCUAUUGGCAGAUUCCCUUGUCUGCAAAGUCCAAAGAGAAAUCGGCUUUCUCCGCUCCGGACGGUUUGUACCAAUUCCGAACACUUCCGUUUGGGUUAUUCGGGGCCCCAGCCACCUUCCAGCGCCUGAUGGAUCGGCUGCUGCGUCCGCAUGCUGCGUAUGCUGCUGCCUAUCUGGAUGAUGUUAUCAUCCACAGUAGCAGCUGGGCACAGCAUAUGCGGCAUGUGGGGGCGGUGCUCGAGUCCUUGAGGCAGGCGGGGCUCACGGCUAACCCAAAGAAGUGUGCGAUUGGCCGAGCGGAGGUACGGUAUUUGGGGUACCACUUGGGAAGUGGACAGGUGCGACCUCUGGUGGAUAAAACCGCGGCGAUUGCGACCUGUCCACGA